AUGGCAAUAAAUACCUCUGAAUCUAACAUGAGACAUUUAAAUCGACAUCAUCCAGCCCUCGAAAGUCAUACACCGUCACCAAUUGCUACCACUGCAGCAUCGCCCAUUUCAGCAACCCCAGUAUCAAUGAACCAUGAAGACUUAGAAGUACCAUCCUACGAAGUAUCACAACGACUCCACGAGCAACAACAACGAAUACUUACACCUCCUUUACUCAGAACCAGAUCGGGACUUACAGAAGGUCGCAAAAAAGAACCUAAAAAUACUCUCAAACUGGUAGGGUUGCGACUCCUAAAUGCUAGACAACAUUUUGCUUUGGCAUGUAGUAGAGAUGUAUCUCUCAUUCCUUGCAUCGUGGGACUUUUUCAGUCGUGGAGCCGAGUUUUCGCUGGAUAUGCUGUUGAAGAAUUAGCAGGUCAACCACUACAAACUUCCAUCACCAGCGCUCGAAUGUCAGAACAUUUUUUGACCGGAGUAUGGUGUAUAGUCGCAGGCUACCUCACGUUUGCUCUCCUCGAUGGACUUAUGAUUCGUUGGAUAGUUACCUAUUCCACCUCAGCUGCUAUAGUGCGUAUGCUCUCAAUGUCAACUAUCAUUAUAACCAUCGAGCAAUAUCUUCUAUCGGCAUUCUCCGCAGAUGGCUACAAAUAUGGACUACACAUAUGGAUUCUCAUCAGUUGCUGUUUAACGGUACUGUACUUUGCCCAGAACUUUAUUACCCUGAACCUCGAUCUUCGAGGCAAGUCCAGAGCUAGAUUCUUUGACUUUUACAACAUUGCAGUAUUUGCGGUGGUACCUGUUGGACUUGCCAGUUUCAUAACCAUGAUCAUUUUAUUACAAUCGUUGCUCAUCCUUCGACUCGACGUCGAGGAGCGAACGGUGAUGCCGUAA